GUGACUUCCCAUAUCUCAGGACUAUUCAAAAAGAGACACCAAUGGACUUGAAACGGCUUCAUUUUUUGGAGUGAAACCUCUAGUUUUUCCUAGUUAAGAAAAUGGAUCAGUUUGGGAAGCACAGCAAGGCUGGAUUUGUCAGGACUCGGAUCCCUAGACCUCAGGUCGUAUUGCAGCCCGUUCAGUCGUCUGGCUAUGCAGGUGUUUGCAGCAUCAGAAAUUGCCCUUGCAAAAUGAGCCGCUUCACUCGGAAGAGCUCCUUCGAGCCUCUGCAAUCUGAGCGUCGGCAUUCCAGGUCAGACUCGGCAAGCAAUUUAUCAAUGGAUACUUUCUGGCUAGAGGUGGAAAGCAUCAAAGAGAGUACGGAAUCUGAGCCUGAGGAGUGCAGUCUUGUCAAGCCCCAAGAAGAGGGGGAAGCAGAAGCCGAAUGGCUGCAGGAUGCUGGGCUGUCGGACCUGAUUGGGGACCACACCGCAGAGAACGGCAAUAUUGUCCUGCUUUCCACUUUGACCAAGACCCAGACUGCAGCUGUGCAGCGACGGCUGGAUACUUACACCCGCUCUCGGCGAAAGAAGAACAAGCAGCCUGUCCGUGACGUUAGAGACAUCUUUGGAGUAGUCGGCUCAGGGGAGACUGAACCAGAGCUGGGCUCAGAAAUUGAUCGAUUGCAACAUAGGUCUGCGUCAUCCAACAACAAUCAGAAAUCUGAUGCAACGGGAGUCCCAGACUUCCCAUCUCCAUUGAGGGGCUCUGGAAAAGAAGAGAUAUUCAACACCGAAAUUGCUUAUUCAGAGCAAGCAGCCAUCCUGCUCAAAGGCUCAUUCCCAAGGGAAUCCAGACGGAUCAAGGAUGAGAGUUCUUUACCUAAAUUUAAGAUCCCCAAGGGCAGGCUGGGAGUGACCAGAAUAGGAGAUUUAUCACCGCAGGAUAUGAAGAAGAUCCCCACAUUAGCACUCAUUGAGCUAACUGCGCUUUGUGAUGUCCUAGGCGUAGAGCUGAAGAGAAACAAGGCGGUAAAACGGAAGGCCACAGAGAACAAGCUCUUUGGGGUUCCACUUGGCACUUUGCUAGAAAAUGAUCAAAAGCGUCUCCCAAAUACCAAAGUUCCAUUGAUUCUGCAAGCAUUGCUGUCCUGUUUGGAAAAGAGAGGGCUGGACACAGAAGGAAUCCUGCGAGUCUCAGGAUCACAGACCCGUAUUAAGAGUCUGGAACAAAAGCUAGAAAGCAGCUUCUAUUCUGGCUUUUUCCAAUGGGAUGAGGUCCACCAGAAUGACGUGUCUGGCUUGCUGAAAAGGUUCAUCCGGGAACUCCCAACUCCUCUACUGACAGCAGAAUACUUGCCUGCCUUUGCAGCUGUGCAAAAUAUCCCAGACUUGAAACAGAGGUUGCAAGCUUUAAAUCUGCUCAUUCUGAUUUUGCCAGAGCCCAACCGAAACACCCUGAAGGCUCUGUUGGAGUUCCUGAGGCAAGUGGUUUCCAGAGAGAAAAAGAACAAGAUGUCUCUUUGGAAUGUUUCCACGGUCAUUGCUCCAAACUUGUUCAUGCACAAGGGGCUGCCGAACAAGAUCCCAGAGGGGAAGGAAAAACAGCUGGCGGAAGGGGCAGCAGAUAUUGUGCGGAUGAUGAUCCACUAUCAAGAUUUGCUCUGGACUGUAGCCUCUUUCUUGGUCACUCAGGUGCGAAAACUGAAUGAGAGCAGUAGCAGAAAGUACCAAUUCUACGACAGGAGGAUCAAAAACCUGUUGAGGAAGAUUCACACAGACAAGGAAAAGGCAGAAAAGAACCAUGCUGAACCGUCCAAAAUAGUGAAAAUCCAAGCUUCCCUGUUCCUGAAGGAGUCUCUGGAGGUUCACCUAAACAAUGGCACCAAAGCUGCUGAUGUUCUGAGGCAGUUCCAGAAGCACCUCUGUCAGAAUGGCUGGAAUAUUGUCAACACUGUUAACCUCAUCAAAUGUAGUGGGUCGGUGGAGUCAAUGAACUUGCUCCUCUACGAAGUUGGUGGCAAUAUAAGUGAGCAUUGCCUGGACCCAGACACAUAUCUCUUAGACCUGUACCAUGUGAAUCCUCAUGCAGAAUGGAUUAUAAGGCAAAACCCAUCCUUUCCACGAACACUCUAAGGAAACCAUCAGGACAAAGGAAUCCAGCCACACACUAUUGAACCCGGUGAUCAAGGAAAAUAUCAGGGAUAGCAUGUGCUUGAGAUAUAUUUUAAAUGGGCCAAUUGACUGUGUGGAAGUAGCAAUUCAUUUAAACUUCCAUAACAGCUUGUAGACAAUCAGGAGAACUUUAGGUUAACAGAACAUAUGUGGCAUUUAUGACUCUAAAAAUGGCUUUCCAAGAAGAAGAGGAAGAUGGGAAACAAAGAGAAGAUGGUUGAAGAAACUGAUGGGGAUUGUCUAACUUUGAGAUUUGAUUCAUUUACCAGAGAGUUUUCAUAUUGGAUGACAAAGAUACCAGGCUCAUAGUCCGUUAACAACUAUUGGUAUUUGUGUCAUAAAGUUUCUGCUUCCUGAAGGAAUAGGACCUGUAGGAUGUGUGCCGUUUUGUUUGUGUUUCUGAGGGGCUUAGAUGACAAUCAAACUGCCCAGAGCAGGGAAAUGGUUCUGGGAAUUUUGCCUUCAGAAUGCCACUGUCCAAGUCAGUGGUGCUGAAAUGUUAUACAGAAACGAUAGAUUCUAAUAUUACUGUUCAAUACAUAAGCAGUUUUGCCAUGACAAAGAAAAAAAAAUUCUAGAUCACUUUUCUACUUGGUCACACUAAACCGUCUCAGUAUUAUUGCUCUUUAAUUAAACGUCUCUAGUUUCAAAUUGGAUUUUAUAUCUUGUGUGGCUUCCUAGGUAAAUAUUUAACCUUCAUUAUUAACUAUUUGUAAUACUUUUUUUUCUUAAAAAACUCCCAAGUAGAGGCUUUUUUCCCCUUCUCCACACCCUUAAGUUUUUUUAAUACAUAAAAGAUAAUGCGCAAACAGCUGAGCCAUACGAUGUUCUUAUUCUUCAUGUCUUUCAUGUUGCUUUGGUAUUGAUUUUUUUAAAAAAACGCUGUUGUUGUCAGUAUAUUUAUCAGUAACCUGUUUGAGUUUUGUUCAGUGGUUCCGGAAAAUAUGAUGUGAAUGUUGCUGUAUUUGGAUAUUAACAUCCUUUCCUCCAUUUCUUUACCUCUUAUGUCUCUUUUUAAAAAAGCCAAAACAACCAUCAAAAUGUGCAGAGAGUUUGUCAAAAAUGAUGGUUUUAAGUACUCUGUAUUUAAUCAUUCAGUGUGUGACAUCUUAAGCUGAGUCUAUUUCGCUUUUGAAAGAUCAAUAUGUGACACAUCCUUAAGUCCUUUGUUACGUCAUCUACUGACAAACUGGUAUGUGUAGGACAACUGCAGCCUCUUCAGCAUAGAAUAUCAACUAUAGAUUGCCACUAAUAUUAUCAGAACAAAAUUGUUAGAACAAAAUCAGAAGAUGCCACUUUAAAUAUGCUUAAAAUAAAUAUACACACUCACAAACACAUUGCAGGAAGCAUGUUCUUUUGGGUGUUAGAGGGUUUAGAAGAGCCCUGUUAAAGUCUUCCUGGUUUGGAAGUGGGGCAACUAAAGAUUAACUGCAAACAUUAUGAUCGGUUCCUUAGGCUUAGAGAGAGGUUUUUGCAUCUUCUUCCAAGUAAUUUUUAAUAGCAUACACCCAUCUACAAUAUAGGGAAAAUUGGACAAUUCAGGAAAAAGGGAUUGUAGUUUGGGAUUAAUGUUCUUCCUUGCUAUCCACAUGAAAACUUAAGAGCAUGUAUUAGAGACCCAAAUGACCAUUUUCCCUUUCAAAAAGGAACUUUGGGAAUAUGCGAUAGAAAGCUGAGAAGCAAAGCAUGAUUUAAAACUCUAUGUGGAGAGGGGAAGGGAUUGGAUGUGGAUAAGUUUGGAGCAGGGAGAGGGAAGACAGACAAAGGUAUAGGGAGGCAGUAAACCAUUUUGUUCCCUCCCUACUUCUCUGCUGUCAAUCGUACCCUAGAAAGAAUAGAUACAGUCCAUUUUCUAAUGAUAGAGAAGGUGUUAGGCUGGAUGAUGUACAGAGCAACGUUAUGUAGAGUUACUCCAGCCUAAGCCUGUUGAUUUCAAAGGGCGUAGACUGGAGUAACUCUGCAUAGGGUUGUGCUGAUAGACUAUAAUAACCUACAGGACUUCUGUAUCCAUCUGCUCUAGGGUGUGAUAACAUGCACCUGUGUUUACUACAAAAUAACCUGUAUUAAAGUUGCAACAUGAUAGAACAUGAGGAUCAGCAUAGUAAGGAAAUGUUUGUGCCCAGGAGGAAAGAGUGUGAAAUGUGCCCUGGUACCCAUAACAAGCCCAAGAUACAGAAGGAAACACAUGGAGCAGAUCCUUGCUUCCUAAGGUAUGAGAACUGCCUUGCACUGGUAGCACAUCUUUUUUUAAAAAAAGAUUUGUGAUCGUGGUCAGUCUAAAUGAAAAGAUGAGCCCAUAAUGUCACUGAACUCCUUGGAUGCUAACAAACCAACAGAGAAUGAGCAUUGCAAAAAAUGGUGCAAGGGGAUGAAUAAAGGGACUAGAGUUAUAGCACUUGACAGAAGGCACUGUGUAACCCCACACUUGUCCGUAGUACCAACAUUUUUUGAAUGU